UGCAGAGCGGAAGAUGGUAAUAACUCCAUAUUUUUCUGAAGAUCCCGAACUUCGCAGUGUUCUGCAGUGUUCAGCAGUCGUUCCAGCCAAUCCAUCCACGAACGCAGUGACUCUACACAUCAACAAGUCUCCCACAAUGGCCCAACCGAAAUGUCACGCUCCCUGGAAGUUGUACCGAGUCAUCAGUGGACAUCAGGGAUGGGUUCGCUGUUGUGCGGUGGAACCUGGCAAUGAGUGGUUUGCCACAGGAUCUGGGGAUAGAGUGAUAAAAAUCUGGGAUCUCGCUAGUGGCGUUCUGAAAGUCUCCCUGACUGGACACAUCAGUAGUGUCAGAGGUUUAGCAGUGUCUCGUAGGCAUCCGUACUUAUUUUCAUGUGGCGAAGAUGGACAAGUGAAAUGCUGGGAUUUGGAAUACAAUAAAGUAAUUCGUCAUUAUCAUGGACAUCUGUCAGCCGUCUACUCCAUGGCACUUCACCCAACAAUCGACGUCCUGGUGACAGCUGGUCGAGACUCCACAGGACGAGUCUGGGACAUGCGAACCAAAGCAAAUGUUCACACUCUAGUGGGACACACAAAUACCGUCGCGAGUGUUAUCUGUCAAGCAUCCGAGCCCCAGAUAAUCACUGGAAGUCAUGACUGCACCAUCAGAUUGUGGGAUCUGGCUGCUGGUAGGAGCAGGGUGACCCUGACUAAUCAUAAAAAGAGUGUGCGAUCAGUGUGCUUUCAUCCUACGCAAAAUAUGUUCGCUUCGGCUUCCCCCGACAACAUUAGACAGUGGAAAUGUCCUGAUGGAACGUACCUUCAGAAUUUAUCUGGACACAAUGCUAUCGUCAAUUGUCUGGCUGUUAAUGAGGAUGGAGUAUUGGUCUCGGGGGCUGACAAUGGCACGAUGCACCUCUGGGACUGGAGGACUGGCUAUAACUUCCAGAGACUGCAGGCCCCUGUACAGCCUGGAUCCAUGGAUAGUGAGGGUGGCAUCUUCAGCGUCACGUUUGAUAUGUCUGGAACUAGGAUGAUCACCACUGAGGCGGAUAAGACGAUCAAGCUUUAUAAGGAGGACAAUACUGCCAACGAGGAGACACAUCCGGUCAAUUGGAGACCACAUGUCAUUAAGCGAAGAAAAUAUUAAUUCAUAAGACAUUUCUUUAGAGUAUUUGUAAUGUAUAAUUGUAAAUAAUUUUAUAAAUAUAAGGGAUUUUUAUAAAGUAUGGAAUGACCAUCAAAAACAAAAUCUUGAGGCGUUCAAAUUUAUUUAUAAUGAGUUAUUCGCUGUGCAGUUUGUAUAAAAAAUGAAAAUAAAUGAAUAUUAUAAUUGACGAGGACAUUUCAUUGGAUUUAUAAUUCCUCGUCGAGAUGAUAAUUUUCUUCUGGGAAAUGACCUGCUCUGACGGAGGCCGGCUUCACAAAGCCACCAUAUUUGGAGUUAUUUGAUUUUACAAACUCAGGUUCAGGGACUCCUCUACUUUAUUUUUUAAAUUCUGUUCAUUUGU